AUGGGCUCUUCACAACAAUCGAGCGGGCCUGAUUUUACUUCAUUUGGGAAAAUUCCUGUUCAGCGAGUAUGUAAGAAUGUGUUGAAUGCGCACAAGGAGGAUGAAAAGAAAAAGUUAAAUGAUUGUAUGGAAUUUUACUUACAGAUUUGCUCCCAAGCUAUGGUGAGAGCAGAACCUUUGAUAGUCGAGAAGGAGGAUGUUUGCAGAGGAAUUGUCCAGGUGGUUUCAGAGCUGGGUAUCACGAAGCUUAUCAUGGGUAAAAGAUCCAAGAAAUCGAAUAUGCAAGUAACAGGCAAAGCGGGCUACGUGAUAAGGCACGCGAUCAACUCCUGCGAAAUAUCGAUUAUCUGUAAAGGAAAACUUAUAGCGGCGAGGGAAGGAUCUGUCCUAGAUAAUGGUCGAUCAAUGGCAUUCCAAUCAAACUUCCAACGGCAUUUGGCCGCUUCAAUUGAAACUCGGGCGCAUUUUCCAGUUCAAUCUCGUUUAGAAACUACACCCUCAUCCAUUAACCUUGAAUUCCACGAAUACCCAUUGGAAGACAUCAAAGCGACAACAGGGAACUUCUGCAACCAUUCCAAACUUGGAGGCGGCGGAUCUGGAACUGUUUACAAAGGCAAAAUAGGACAUGCAACGGUUACAGUGAAAAUUGUAGGUGAGGACAGUUUUCAGGGCCGGCAGGAGUUCCAACGUGAGAUCGAUAUUUUAAGAGACAUUCGGCAUCCCAAUUUGGUGAAGGUGAUAGGAGCGUGCUUUGAGGACGGAUGUAUACUUUAUGAAUAUAUGACCAACGGAAGCCUGGCAGAUCGUCUGAGCUGCAAAGACUCCACUCCAUCGCUUCCCUGGUAUGCCAGAAUUCGCAUUGCCACGGAUGUUUGCUCCGGUUUACAAUUUUUACACAGUUUAGAUCCAGAUCCAAUAGUCCACCAUGAUCUUAAGCCCGAAAACAUACUUCUCGACCAGAAUUAUGUAGGCAAAAUCAGUGACUUCGGCCUUUCUCGUCGUCUACAUCGAGAUGUGCACAAAGAAUCGGAGCCCAAAGGCACAUUUCCAUACAUGGAUCCAGAAUACCUGAGAAGCGGUGAAUACUCUACCAAAUCCGAUGUUUACAGCCUGGGAAUUAUUUUUCUUCAGCUUCUUACCGGGAACCAGUAA